AUGACAAUAAUUAUAAAAAGAUCAUUGCAUCUUUUGAAAAACAGAGGUCUACUACGAUACUACUCGAAUAUCAAUGUUCCUUUUCAAGAUGACUUAUCUGAUAUAGACUUGGACGAUUUUGGAUUGAGUGAUUUCAAACAUUAUAAAGAAUCAACUGAUGUGAUUGAACAAAGAAAGAAAUUAUACCAAUCAAUAAGUGAAGAAGUAGCAAAUGAACAACCCAUAACAUCAUUAGAAUCAAUUGCAAGUGCAAAAGAACCAUCGAUUUAUAUAUCAAAAUUAACUGAUCCAUACAUAAAUUUAUCAAUUGAAGAUUACAUAUACAACAAAAUGCCAUUAUCUACAAAUUUUAACUCCGAAAGAUUAAUGUUUUAUACAAACUCACCAUGUGUUGUUAUUGGAAAAAAUCAAAACCCAUGGAAAGAAGUCAACUUACCAGUACUAAACUCAUUAGGCUAUCCAUUAAUAAGAAGAAAAUCAGGAGGUGGAACAGUUGUUCAUGAUUUAGGUAAUGUUAAUUUUUCAUUUAUGACAACUAAACAGAAAUUUGAUAGAUUUAAAUUUGUUAAUUUAGUAGUUGAUUCAAUUAAUCAAUCUGGAGUAGCUAAAAAGAUUGAAGUUAAUAAACGUGGAGAUAUAGUUACUAUAGAUCAAAAUCAAGAAUUUAAAAUUAGUGGAUCUGCCUAUAAAUUAUCAAAGGGUAAAUCUUAUCAUCAUUCCACAAUGUUAUUAAAUUCAAAUUUGAAAAAUUUAAGUAAAAUUUUACAUAGAGAUGAGAGAAAAUUGGGUGUAGUUGAAGCUAAAAAUUCAAUAGCUUCAGUUAAAUCAAAAGUCACAAAUUUAGAAAUUGAUAGUGAUAAAUUUAUUAAAAUAGUAAGCAAUGAAUUCAAACAAGAAUAUGGGAUAAAUGAACAAACAGUAAAGGAAGAAGAGAGUGAAGAAGUCAAAGAAUUUGAUGAGUUCAAUGAAAUGAUGGGAUUGACUGAUUUUAUUAACCUGAUAAAAACAGCAAAUGUAUUUGAAAUAAAUUCAUCUACGCAACUACCUCAAGAAGUAAUAGAUACAUCAGAAGAAUUGAAAAAUUGGAAUUGGAAAUUUGGUCAUACUCCAAUAUUCAAUCAUUACUUGUUAAAUGAUAAAUUGGGUUUGAAGUUAAAAUUUUAUGUUGAAAAGGGCAAAAUUGUACAAAUUGAUUGGGAGCUAGAGAAGCCAAAUAAUGAACUUCAAUCUGUUUUAAAGAACUUUGAAAAAGGUGCUGCUGGAAAAGAAUGUCGUGGUGAUUUGAUUAAAGAGAGUUUAGGAUCUGAUGACGAAUUAAGCAAAGACCUCGGUAAGUGGUUAAGUAAAAGUAUAGACGGAUUAUAG